UUUAAUGCUACUUGCAUAAUUUAUCCAAAUUUUUAAAGUUUCGAUAACCAGUCCCUCCCUCCCGACUCCAUCAAGUUCUUCCUCACAGUCACAGUCAAACUCAAAUAGGGAGACAUGAAAGCUUUCUGACACAACAACUAAGCACACACUCAAAGCCUUUUACUUUUCAUUAAUAUCCUCAAAGAAAACGAAUACAAGAAGAUUGUUCUUCAAUUAUGAUGAACCAUCUCAAGUACUAUCAAACAAGGGCUUUCCUUGCAAGAUCUUUCACUUUCUCAUCAACCAAACACCCAAAACCUCUCUCAAAAAUCCUUCCUUUUCACCACUUUCACACAAAUUCCAUCUUACCAACUAAAACCCAUCUUUAUGCUUCUUUUUUCUGCACUCUUAUACACCUUUAUUUGACUUGUGGCAGACUUUCCAAAGCAACAGACACUUUCUAUGACAUGAUAAGAACUCACCAUAUUGUUCCCACUCUGCCCUUAUGGAACCGCCUUAUUUACCAGUUCAAUGCCACUGGCUUGGUUUCUCAGGUAUGGGACCUUUACUCUGAGAUGUUAUCUUGUGGGGUUUUGCCUAAUGUUUUCACUCAUAACAUAUUGGUACAUGCUUGGUGCAAAAUGGGUCAUUUGAGUUUGGCUUUAGAUUUGAUUAGAAAUGUUGAUAUUGAUGUUGAUACUGUAACAUAUAAUACUGCUAUUUGGGGGUUUUGUCAACAAGGUUUGGCUAAUCAGGGUUUUGGGUUUUUGUCAAUAAUGGUAAAGAAAGAUACAUUCUUUGAUUCUUUCACUUGUAAUAUAUUGGUUAAAGGGUUCUGUAGAAUUGGGUCGGUUAAGUAUGGAGAGUGGGUUAUGGAUAAUUUGGUUAAUGGUGGGAUUUGUAAGGAUGCUGUAGGUUUUAAUACAUUGAUCGAUGGAUAUUGCAAAGUUGGUGAAAUAAGUUAUGCAUUUGAGUUGAUGGAAAGAAUGAGGAACCAAAGUGUGUUUCCUGAUAUUGUUACUUAUAAUACUUUGAUCAAUGGGUGCAGCAAAAUAGGUGAUUUUGACAGAGCCAAGAGUCUGAUUGAUGAGAUUUUGGGGUUUAGGAAGAAAAAAGAUUGUGCUUUCAGAAAGAUUGAUGAUAUGAACGAUGAUGAUGGUACAACGAAUUUGGAACCUAAUCUCGUUACAUACACCACACUUAUAAGUGCUUACUGUAAGCAGCAUGGGCUCAGCGAAGCAUUUUCUCUGUAUGAAGAAAUGAUUUCGGAUGGAUUCUUGCCUGAUGUUGUUACAUAUAGUUCCAUUAUAAAUGGUCUUUGCAAACAUGGGAUGUUGACAGAAGCAAAGGCACUUUUGAGGGAGAUGGACAAGAUGGGUGUGAAUCCCAAUCAUGUUGUUUAUGCUAUUCUAGUUGAUUCAUUAUUUAAAGCAGGGAGUGCUUGGGAAUCUUUUAUCUAUCAAAGUCAAAUGAUAGUCUGUGGAGUUUCCUUUGAUCUGGUGGUGUGCACCACAUUGAUUGAUGGGCUUUUUAAGGCUGGUAAAUCUGAUGAGGCUGAGGCCAUGUUUUGCACACUUGCAAAGCUAAAUUGUAUUCCUAAUAACAUUACCUAUACAGCAAUGAUCGAUGGAUACUGCAAGUUGGGAGACAUGGAUGGUGCAGAAUCUCUGUUGCGAGAAAUGGAGAAGAAACAGGUUGUUCCAAAUGUCGUCACAUAUUCUUCUAUAAUAAAUGGAUAUACAAAGAAAGGAAUGCUUGAUGUAGCUGUUCGUAUUAUGAAAAAGAUGCUGGGCCAAAAUAUCAUGCCAAAUGCUUAUAUAUAUGCAACAUUAAUAGAUGGCCAUUUUAAGGCUGGUAAACAAGAUGCUGCUGUUGAUCUCUAUAAUGAAAUGAAAUUGAAUGGAUUGGAGGAAAACAGUUUUGUAGUUGAUGCCUUCAUUAACAACUUGAAAAGGGGCAGAAAAAUGGAGGAAGCUGAGGGAUUAUGUAAAUAUAUGAUGUCAAAGGGCUUGUUGCUCGACCGUGUUAACUACACAUCUCUGAUGGAUGGCUUCUUCAAGACAGGAAGGGAGUCAGCUGCAUUCACCAUGGCUGAAAAAAUGGCAGAGACAGGUAUAAAAUUUGAUGUCGUUGCAUAUAAUGUGCUAAUUAACGGUCUCUUGAGGCUUGGCAAAUAUGAUGCAGAAUCUGUUUAUUCUGGAAUAAGAGAGUUGGGGUUGGCUCCUGAUCGUGCUACAUAUAACACCAUGAUUAAUGCGUAUUGCAAGCAGGGGAAACUGGAAAAUGCCAUUAAGCUUUGGAAUGAGAUGAAGGGUCAUUCAGUAAUGCCAAAUUCAAUUACUUGUAAUAUUCUGGUAGGAGGGCUUUCUAAAGCUGGUGAGACUGAAAGAGCCAUAGAUGUGUUGAAUGAAAUGUUGCUCUGGGGAAUUCGCCCUAACGUAACCAUUCAUAAAGCUCUAUUGAAUGCAUGCUCAAAAUGCGAAAGGGCUGACACAAUUUUGCAAAUGCAUAAGCGACUUGUUGGGAUGGGACUUAAAGUUAAUCGAGAAGUUUAUAACAGCCUUAUCACAGUUUUAUGUGGGCUAGGCAUGACUAAAAGAGCAACUUUAGUAUUAAACAACAUGACUAAAGAUGGAAUUUCAGCAGAUACCGUCACUUAUAAUGCCCUCAUACAUGGACAUUUUAAAAGUAGUCACAUCGAGAAGGCUCUUGCCACAUACACUCAGAUGUUAAAUGAAGGAGUUUCUCCUGGUAUCAGAACUUACAAUCUCCUUUUGGGUGGUCUCUUAGCAGCAGGUUUGACGAGCAAGGCACAUGAAAUACUUAGUAAAAUGAAGGAAAGUGGCCUAGAUCCGGAUGCUUCUUUAUACAAUACUCUAAUCUCUGGCCAUGGUAAGAUUGGUAAUAAGAAGGAAGCUAUAAAAUUUUACUGUGAAAUGGUUACUAAAGGCCUUGUUCCCAAGACUAGCACCUAUAAUGUGCUUAUUGAAGAUUUUGCCAACGUAGGAAAGAUGGAUCAGGCUAGAGAACUUCUGAAUGAGAUGCAAGUGAGAAGGGUGCCCCCUAAUUCUUCCACUUACGACAUACUAAUAUGUGGCUGGUGCAAUUUAUCAAAACAACCAGAACUGGAUAGGAUAUCAAAGAAGACAUACAGGACUGAAGCAAGAACCUUAUUCGCAGAGAUGAAUGAGAAGGGGUUUGUCCCUUGUGAAAAUACUCUAGCUUGUAUCAGCUCUACCUUUGCUAGACCUGGAAUGGUGGUUGAUGCUAAGAAUAUGUUGAAGGACAUGUACAAAAGAAAACAAAGUUAGUACAGGGGUGAAACUAAAAGACAGGAAAGGCCAUGUUCUGUGAUAGCCAGCCUUUGCAAUACCAUUUAACAUAUUUAGCACUGCCGCUAUUGCAACACUUCAUUAUGAAUUGCUUGCACAUAAAUCUUCAGAUAAAAUAACUGAAUUGCUAUGCUAAUCUCUUAGUUCAUGGCACCUGAAGACAGUGCUGACAGAUGAGAAGAGAAAGGCAUUAACACUACCAGUUUGCACUUGAGAAAGCAAACAAAGAAGUCAGCGCAUCCUUCUGAAAUGGGAACAUAUUCGUUCUAUGCGUGGGUGAUGGAUGAGCUACACCAUCAUGCUAUGAAUGGACGAUGGGUGCUUCGCUAGAUGAUUAGAGCAUCUGGGUGGAUCUCUCAGUGCAGCUUCCAUCUGACAAAGGAUGAUUAUAUUCUUACAUGUUAAUAUUAGCCUGAACAGCAUGCCUAACUGAUAGCAUGAUGAUGUCAAAGGUAAAAAAGAAACAGAAACAUCUGUUGUUCAAUUUGGUUUCUGUGUGAUUCUGAAAGUGGGAUGUGAUAGUGCAUCUGAGAUAUGAUACUUUAGUGCCAUAUCUUAUUUAAUUAUUCUUCUGUACAA